CCUCCUCCUCCUCCUCCUCCUCCUCCUCCUCCUCCCCAUCUGCGCGCCGCCGAGAAGCGCAUGUAGCACAGGACAACGUCCUCCGAGAGAGCCUCGAGGAGCCGUGGGCCCCCAGGAGGCCUCGCCGCGGGCCGGGCCGCCGCCGCCGCUGCGGGAGGCCGCCAGCGCUAGCGAGGGCGCGCCGCAGCCUGGGCGGCGGGGGCCGCAGCCAGCGCAGGCCGGCGUGCAGGCCGGCGCGCAGGCCAGCGCGCUGGAGGCCUGGAGCGCGAGCGGCGUGGAGUGGGCCGCGGCGUGCGCCUGCGGACAGGCAUUCCCGGACGAGGCGCGCUUCUGCAUCCAGUGCGGCUCGAAGAGGCAGUGGAGGCAGCCGGCAAUACACUGUGGGGAAUGCAGGACCGCCUACGAUCCCGGCGACCUCUUCUGCAGAUCCUGCGGGGCAGGCCGCUCCAGC